CGGCAAGGUAAUAUAUUUUCUUUUAUUACCUAAUCAAAGGGAUUUUGUUGUUUUAUUACAAAUAAGCCUUUUCGCGAUAAAUCUUGCACAUGCGCACAAACGCUUCCGGACGGCAACUAUUUAUAUCCGCAUUCCAUUGCUGUUGUUUACAUUAGUAACACAGCUCAGUAUGGCCAAGCGGGAGAGUUUGAAGAAACUGAAAAUAAGUUCGUUGAGAAAUUUAGCCACAGAGCACGGAAUCGACAUAUGUAAGAAGAAAAAAGAAGAUCUCAUACAAGAAUUACUUUUGUGUCAAACGCCAACUUCUGUUUUGACGCCGAUCAUCCAACAAGCUUCGGCUGAAGGAUCAUUGACCCUACCCUUUCAGGACAGUUUGCCACCUUUUCACGCCGUAACCUAUGACUGUUUGGACCAGAGUUAUAUUCCAACUUUAACUUUCAGUGAUAUUUACAGUUUUAUCAUUGAAAGACCUACUUCACAUGGUAUUGCUGUGAAAAAUUUCAAGGGCUUAGACAAAUCCAUUAAACACUUCGAAGCUGGUGACGUCCAAGAUAUCAGAGUGUCAAAGGUCAAUUCAUCUAUAAUAUAUGUGAGGGCAACAUGCCAAGCUUCUAUGAAGAAGCAGCAAUAUCAAGUGUAUAUCUGCAUGUCAACACCAAACACUGGCAGACCACAUAUACAGCAUGCAUAUUGCCAGUGUCCUAUUGGGUUAGCACAGGCAUGUAGUCACAUAGGUGCCUUACUCUUUGCAUUAAGUCAUGCAAAACCCAGCCAGUCCUCGUCAGAAAGCUGUACAUCUCAGCCAUGUAAAUGGAUAAUUCCUGGGUGCCAGGUGAAGCCUUCUGGACCAAUCAGUUCUUUGCCUAAUAAGUGUAAGGGCCAAUUGAAAGAGUCGGAAGAUUUUAUAGAAAAUCGUGAUCCUCUUGCCGCUUAUGACCCUCGGCAUUCAGACGACAGACAUUGGGAUCUUAAUCGCAUGCUGCAGCAUUUACAGGAUCUAAAAAAUGUCUUUCCACAAACAGGAAUGUCACACUUGUGGAAUAUACCUGACCAUGCUCCAGAGGCUGUCCAAAAGAUGGAGGUGCAGGAUGUGGAAGCAGAUAUUAUGUUCGCAAGGAUGAAAAGUCUCAUAUUUUGUGAGGGGAAUGAGCCCCAACUGUCGAUAACCCAGGACUUAGUUGAGUUUAUUGAGAGCUGCACAAGAGACCAGAGAACAUCAGCCAUGUGGCAGAAACUCCAUAUUGGUCAUCUCACCAGUUCUCUUUUUGGUGAUGUCUUAAAAGCUGGAUCCAAUCCGAAUUCUUUGAUCAAGCAAAUUAUGGAGGGUUCCAGUUUUAAUAAGUAUGCAGUUCUACCACCAGCAUUUCAAUGGGGACAAGAAAUGGAGGCCAAGGCACGGUCAGACUAUGUCAUUCUUAAGUCGGCUAUCAACAGUAAUUUCACAGUUGAGGAUACAGGUAUCACUUUAUGUGCAGAACACUCUUUUCUGGGUGCCUCUAGCGAUGGGAAGGUCCAUGAUGGGGAAAGCAUUGGUUUAUUAGAAAUUAAGUGUCUGUAUUCCAUCCAGGGAACUCGUGUUACAAUGAAAGAAGUGGGUGAAAUCAUGGCAAUGGGAUAUUCCAAUUUUUGUCUGGAGGAGAGUAUGGAAGGACCACGUCUCAAGAAGAGCCACAAAUUUUAUGCUCAAGUUCAAGGGGAGAUGGCAAUUAAGGCAUUACCAUGGUGUGACUUCGUAGUUUGGACCAAUGUGGCACAAAACAGUAUUUGUAUUGACAGAUUUUAUUUUGAUUCAGAGUUUGUGUCCUCUAUGAUGCCUAAACUUAUUGCAUUUUAUAUGCAUCACAUUGUCCAUAAAUUGCACAUUUAACUAAUGAAUUAUCUGUUAUUGAUUGGCCAAAAAACAAUGCUGACAAGAAAUCUGAAUUGUUCAUGUAUAUUACAUGUAAUUUAUGUGAAUGUUCAUCUAGAUGAAAUCAUUUAAAUACAUGCACAUGGUUCAAAUGAAAACAAACUUUUUUGUUGUUGUAAAAUUCACCUUUUCAAAACAGUGGUUACUUUUAACUCAGAAAUAUAUAUAAUUACAAAGAUUGUUACCAAAUUAUUUAGUCACUUUUACAAUGUCAAGGAGCACUUUUUAUAUACAU